ACGAGCUAAUUGUUUUACGCUCAGAGAUGUGUAUUGUUCUGGGAAUGGAUCGUUUACUUAGCGAUAUGGAAGAGCGGGAUACGCUUACCUGGAUAGAUAAAAUACCUUUCUCCAGGCCAAAAAAAAACAUCAGCAGGGACUUCAGUGAUGGAGUGAUGGUUGCGGAGAUUGUUAAGCAUUAUUUCCCAAGAAUUGUUGACGUUCACAACUAUAUUACUUCCUGCAAUACGCAGCAGAAACGCAGCAACUGGAAACUUAUCAACAAGAAGGUGUUUUCCAAGCUGGACUUUUAUGUCUCAGAGGACAUGGUGGAGAAGAUUGUUUCAAGCACUCCUUGUGUGAUACUGCCAGUGCUGUUUUUCCUCAAGGAGAAGAUAGAGAAUAAACUGGCGCAAGCAACAAGGACACAGCAUUACUCUCGGAAUCAGGAGAAUCUGUUUUCAGAUGUAGAAAUUCAACAGGCCGAAGCAGGAAUUGUGGCUCAACUGGCAAAGAUGAAGAUUACAGAGCCAACAGUGAAACCGCAGCAACUGAUGUUUUUCCCAGAGAUGAGCCUUUUAACAUUGCGGCAAGUCAUACUGGAAAAAGAACUUCAGAUCCAGGAACUUCAGGAUAUUCUGAAGAUCCUUCAGGUGAAAGUGAACAAGUUGGAGGAGCUCGUUCAAUUGAAGGACAAGCGCAUUGAACAUCUGACAAGUCUUCCAGAGGUGUACAAAACUAAACUAUUGCUACCUGGUUAAAAAGGAACUCACAGUCACUAAAUUUUAUUUUUUCUGGAAUAUAUACUAAAAAUACUGAAGAUGAGGGAGUAUCAAUACGUUAAUUAAUUUGUUUUAAAAUGUAAUUAAUAAAGAACAACUGCAUGACCA